UGAGCGAGCGAACCAGCUGCGAGAAAUUCAAAGAAGAUAAAGACUAGAAAGAGGAACAUAGGGAGGGAAGGAAGGUUCGAGUUUUUUGAGUGCUGUUGUUGCUGCUUGGACAAGAAAUCCUCCGAGUCAACUCGGACGAGUUGCCUCAUCCUGGGACUCGGUCCCCUUGGUUUACACCCACCCCAUUUUUUUUUCCGACCAAGGGUUUUGUUUUCUCAUCCCGUUAAGAUCUCGCUUAGAUUGCAGCGAGUUCGAAUUCGAAGCUCAGCUCAAUCAGCGCUGUUCGAUUUCAUUCCCUUGUUUGAAGAUUUUGUUGUUUUGCCAUCUGGGCAUGAUGGCGUUUUUGAUGUAGCAUAUCCCUAGUUUCCUGAUUGAUUAAUGAUCGUUGGGGUGGAAUACAUUGGUCUUGCACAAUCACCACUCGCUGUGGAGUUUGUUGGCAACUACUGGGGAGGGAAGAAGAAGAAGCUUUCUUCCGUUGCUGCCUCUGUUGCCCUUUCAUGUCUCGGAAAUUAGACAGUCCUGUUCAGACCCAGAUGGCUGUGGCAUUGAUAAGGGCCCCCCUUGGCAAGGAGUACCAUGGGAACCAGAGCAUGGGAGGGAGACAAUCUACGGGGAGGAGACGUGUCUUUGUGCAAACCGAAAAGGGGUGUGUACUGGGCAUGGACUUGGAUCGUUCUGAUAAUGCACAUACUGUGAAGAGGAGGUUGCAUCUUGCACUCAAUGUCCCCAUAGAAGAGAGUUCACUAACUUUUGGGGAUAUUGUCUUGAAGAAUGACCUUAGUGCCGUUAGGAAUGAUUCCCCCCUUCUCCUCACAAGGAAUCUUUUGCACAGAAGCUCAUCCACUCCUUGCCUGUCCCCCACCGGAAGGGAUAUGCAGCAAAGGGACAAGAGUGGUCCUAUUGAGAUCUUAGGGCAAUCGAGUUGCCUUGAUAGAGUGAAACAUAUGGUCAAGGACAUUAUGAAGGCAAUUAAGAAGGGGAUAGAUCCGGUUCCUGUUCAUAGUGGGCUUGGUGGUGCAUACUAUUUCCGGAAUAGCAAGGGUGAUAGUGUUGCUAUUGUGAAACCAACAGAUGAGGAGCCUUUUGCCCCAAACAACCCGAAAGGCUUUGUUGGUAAAGCUCUUGGACAACCAGGAUUGAAACGUUCGGUUCGGGUAGGGGAGACAGGGUUCAGGGAAGUUGCAGCUUAUCUUCUUGACUAUGAUCAAUUUGCAAAUGUGCCUCCUACUGCCUUGGUUAAGAUUACUCACUCGAUCUUCAAUGUCAAUGAUGGGGUCAGUGGUAACAAUUUCUCGAGGAAGAGGCUGGUUAGCAAGAUUGCAUCUUUACAGCAGUUCAUUCCUCAUGAUUUUGAUGCCAGUGAUCAUGGGACAUCUAGCUUCCCAGUUGCUUCUGUGCAUCGGAUAGGGAUAUUAGACAUUAGGAUCCUUAACACAGAUAGGCAUGCUGGGAACUUGUUAGUUAGAAAACUUGAUGAUGGCAUUGGGACUUUUGGUCAGGUGGAGUUAAUUCCUAUUGAUCAUGGGCUUUGCCUGCCAGAAACUUUGGAGGAUCCCUACUUCGAGUGGAUUCAUUGGCCUCAGGCUUCAAUUCCAUUUUCUGAGGAUGAGCUUGCCUACAUUCGUAAUCUUGACCCUGCUCGAGAUUGUGAGAUGCUCAGAAUGGAGCUGCCCAUGAUUCGAGAGGCUUGUCUGAGAGUCUUGGUACUCUGCACCAUUUUCCUCAAGGAGGCUGCUGCUUUUGGUCUAUGUCUUGCUGAAAUUGGUGAGAUGAUGACUAGGGAGUUCCGUGGUGGUGAGGAGGAACCCAGUGAACUUGAGGUUGUUUGUUUGGAGGCUAGGAAGAUGUUGGUAGAGAGGGAGGAACUGUCUCCUAAAAUCGAGUUGGGAGAUGAUGAAGUCCUGUUUGAUAUAGAUUACGAUGAAGUUGGAUCGGAUAUCACUCCAAAGAUGGCUAUGGAUGAUCCUCUAACCCGAGCACCUUUUCAGCCUGCACUUGGGAAUGGGCAUUCUCGCAGCCCUCUUUCCAAAUUGGAUGAGUGCAGUGAGGAGGAAGAGGGAGAAACUGAUGGAGAAUCUCCUCAGGGAUUUGUUACUUUUUCUGGACAAGAAAAAAUUCUAACUAUUUCAGAUCUUUCUGUGUCUUUGAAAGAUACCGUGUUAGACGAGAAAAACCAGUAUCACCGGAAAUAUUCAGGAGGAAAAGCGGACAAUGGCUAUUUUGUAAAUUCAUCGUCUGGUCAUAGGAGUGCCAAUGAUCAGCUUCCUGCAAGCAUAAGUUUUGUGAGGCUCGCAGAUAUGACUGAAGAUGAAUGGACAUUGUUUCUGGAGAAGUUUCGAGAGCUGCUGUAUCCGGCAUUUGCCAAGAGGAAAUCCAUAACCUUAGGUCAGAGGCAGAGACAGAGGCUUGGUACUUCGUGCCAGUUUUGAAGUUGAGCAAUACAGAUGACUAUAGGAUGAAGAAUAAGGCUUUAUAGGUUUCGGGGAAUGAAGGAUUGUUAGGAUAGUUCUGGUUUAUGAGAUUUGUAUGAGUGCUUUAGUUGGGAGCGAGGGUUGGAAGAACUGUUGUAAAUAUGCUUGACGUAAGUGGUGAUUUGAUUAGAUGUCUGUAUUUUGAUAUUUUGAUUUCAUUUCCUUUUUUUCCCCUUUCUCUUUUUCAUUCCUCUUCUCUUUGACUUGUCUUAUAAAUAAUUUGUAGGAUAAAAUUGUGAAAUGAAAAUUUUGUAUAUGAUGAAUGACGUGUACCUUCUUUUUUCCUUAUUUUGAUUCCGCACGAGUUUAUUUUCUGGGAAACCCCAUAGCUCUCUGGCUGGAAUGCCAAUUCAAGUUAUUACAUUUCUUUCUGCACUCUGAAUUACUUUGAAGGAUUGUUUAAUUACCGAUGGGUUGCGAGUUGGGAAGGAUAUCUCUAUGGUUUCGAGCUUCUGGGUUUCGCAAAAUCAGCUUGCUCUACUGUUAAU